GACACUGUCGACGGAGUCCAUCGCGUGGCCUAACUGGUGAUUGGAUUGGCAAACACACUGCAGAAGUAAAUGGUUCCAUUUAAGGAGAUCCAAUUAUUGGGGAGCUCAGACACCCCAUUUCCAAUAUUGGGAGGUAUGUCGCCCCACAAAGCCUCUAUCUCCGCCGCCACUGUAUCUCCGGACGAUUGGUUUUAUAUAAAAAUGACUAAUCGGGGUUUCAAUUGAGCAAGUAUCGAAUUCUCUGGACACCCACUGUAUCUAAGAGUCAAUAUUGUGUUAUAUGAUUGACUAAUUGUCAGAGCAACAAAAAUGAGUUUGAAUGAUACUCGUGAGUAUACGACCACUAAGCUGUAUGGUAAUAAUGAGUAUGGUGACGAUGAGUAUGCAACUACCACUAUUCUUGCCAUCAUUGUGUUGUUUAUGCAAGCUGGUUUUGCAUUAUUGGAAGCUGGCUCAGUUCGAUCUAAAACACCACCAGCAUUCUGUUCAAGAACUUUAUGGACACUAUCUGUGGUUGUGUUGCAUAUUGGGCAUUUGGUUAUGCAUUUGCCUUUGGAGAUGGCAAUGGAUUUAUUGGGACUAGGAUCUUUUUUCUUUCAGAGAUUGGACUUGAUGAUAGUAGUAAUUUGGUUGCAUUGUUUGUGCUGUACGUUUAUGCUAUUACAGCAGUUACAAUUGUAAGUGUAGCCAUGGCACAGAGAACACAGCUGAAGAGCUAUUUUGUAUUUGUCUUUUUAGUUACAGCAUGGGUGCAGCCAGUUGUAGCUCACUGGGCAUGGGCACCACAAGGAUGGCUAUAUACUGGAGUCUUCAAUGGAUAUCACAAUAUGACACUUCGUUAUGUGGAUUCUACUGGAAGCAGUGUUGUUCAUGUUGUCGGAGGAAUGUCUGCUCUUAUAGAUGCUGCUGUAGUUGGUGCACGCAAUGGUCGUUUUAAUGAGAGAGGAAGGUCUGUAACAACAUUCUUACAGACAACAACAAUGUCUACGCUUGGAGGGUUUAUUAUUCUAUUUCGCUUUUUUUCAUUUAACUUGAUUUCUAACGAAGACCAUAUCAAAGGCAAAUAUGAUGCACAUGGUCUUAUUGUGGGCAACUGCAUACUGGCAGCUUGUGGGGUAGUCUUAGUGCUCUCACAUUUCGGCGAAUAAGUGGCUGUAGAAAUCAACAAUGGAGUCUUAUGGCAGCUAUUAAUGGGGCACUAUCUGGACUGGUUUCUAUUAGUGCUGGUGCCACGACUAUGUAUUUGUAUGCUGCUUUUAUUGUGGGUUUAGUGUCGGGUGUUGUGUACAGCUGGGUAAAAAAGAAGCUUGAACGUAAACGAGUGGAUGAUCCAUUGGAUGCUGUUGCAGUGCACCUUGGUGGUGGUGUAUGGGGGAUCUUGUGUGUCCCGUUUCUGGAUGCCGAUAUGGGGUUAUUCUAUCAAGGAAACAGACUUUCAAUGUUGGUACUUGGCUGGAAUUUGUGUGGCUUAGUUGUGAUAGUCACGUGGACAUUUGUGUGGGCUGCUCUUAUUUUUGGAAUUCUGUCAUGGCUGAAUGUUCUUUGAGUUACAUCAGAUGAUGAAAUUAGAGGUGUUGAUGAGGUAGAGCAUGGAGAAAGAGCUUAUUCUUCUCAAAUGACUGCACAAGAUAGCUCGUCAUCUCUUAGUCUUUGCAGAGCUCUUUUGAAUAAGUAUGGAGAUUUGCCACCUCCUCUUAGGUUGGAAGAUACAUCACGUAGCCAUAAUGAGGUUACAAAGCAUCAAUCAGAAGCUGAAACGCUUCACAUGUAAGUGCUGAAGAAGACGGUUUUGGAAGGUCUUUGUUAUGGUCAAUAGCAGCAAUCACUCGGAGUCAGAUCCAGUGUCAGUUGUUUAGAUUGGUGUAUUGUCUAAACUUCAAUUCAAUUUGAGUCUUUAGGUUGAUGCUUUAGCCUUUUGUUGAUGUGUUAACUUAUCUGAAGAGCUAUGUCAGAUGUUUAAUUAACACUGAUUAGUUAUUAGACUUUUAUAUUUACUUGAUUUAGCAUUGAUUAUGAUGUAGUUAUUUUAGAUAUCUCAUAUCUAUGUGCAUAUACAUACAGGUAAGUUACACAAAUUACUAUGUUGAAAUACAUGUCUA